ACGGAGCGUGCCUGGAGUCUCCGUCCCCCUUUUUUCUCCCUGCUCCUCGGGAUGGCGUGCGGAGGCGCAGUGCGGCGGGCUGCAGCACUCACAGGCAGGACUCAACCUGUCGUACCGCCGGGCCGGCUGCUCUCGUCCUCCCGCUCUCCUUCAGUCCCCAGCAGGCUCUCCUCCUCCGCGCCGCGGUUCCACUUUUCUCACAGUUUGAAGGAGUUGGCAGGCCGUCCUCCUGAACGCAGGCUGCUGUCAUGAGAUCCUCCUCUCUAGGACCAGUGUGCGCUCUGCUCCUGCUGCUGCGGGAGCCCGCGUGCGGUGGAGAUGAGGUUACCUCCGAUACAGUGAACCCGUGCUGUUACUUCCCCUGUCAGCACUGGGGUGUGUGUGUGCGGUACGAGGAGGACAAGUACGAGUGUGACUGCACCCGCACCGGCUUCAGCGGGGACAACUGCACCGUCCCGGAGUUCUGGACCAGAGUGCGCCAGCUGUUGAAGCCCAGUCCAGACGUGCUGCACUACAUUCUCACCCACUUCAACUGGCUCUGGGACUUCAUCAACUACACCUUCCUACGGGACGUGCUCAUGCGACUGGUUCUGACAGUGAGGUCCAACUUAAUACCGAGCCCUCCCACCUACAACUCCAAAUAUGACUACCUCAGCUGGGAAUCCUACUACAACCUGAGCUACUACACUCGGAUUCUGCCCCCAGUGCCGAAGGACUGCCCGACACCUCUGGGGGUCAAAGGCAAAGCUGGGCUGCCUGACCCUGAGCUGCUGGUGGAGAGGCUGCUGAAGAGAAGGACCUUCAGACCCGACCCCCAGGGCUCCAACCUUAUAUUUGCCUUCUUCGCGCAGCACUUCACCCACCAGUUCUUCAAGACCUACAACAGCAUGGGCGUGGGCUUCACCAAGGCUCUAGCGCACGGGGUGGAUGCGGGCCACAUUUACGGAGGCGACCUGGAGCGUCAGCUCCGGCUCCGGCUGCACAAAGACGGAAAACUCAAGUAUCAGCUAGUUGGCGGCGAGAUGUACCCUCCCACUGUGGCCGACGCCCCCGUGAAGAUGAGCUACCCCCCCGGGGUUCCCCCUGAGGCUCAGCUGGCCAUCGGUCAGGAGGUGUUCGGACUCCUCCCGGGUUUGGGAAUGUUCGCCACGCUGUGGCUCCGGGAGCACAACCGAGUGUGUGACGUCCUGAAGGCGAAGCAUCCUACCUGGGAUGACGAGCAGCUCUUCCAGACCACACGCUUUGUCAUCAUCGGUGAGACAAUAAAAAUAGUGAUCGAGGAGUACGUGCAGCACCUCAGCGGAUACCUGCUGCAGUUGAAGUUUGAUCCCACCCUGUUGUUUAACUCCGACUUCCAGUUCGGGAACCGCAUCGCUCAGGAGUUCAGCCAGCUCUACCACUGGCACCCCCUGAUGCCGGAGAGCUUCGUCAUUAACGGAGACGAGCUGUCGUACAAGCAGUUCAUGUUCAACAACACCGUGCUCACGCACUACGGCGUCGAGGUGCUGGUGGACUCCUUCACUCGACAAGUUGCCGGACAGAUUGGCGGUGGCUUUAACAUUAACCCUGCGGUGACCAGAGUGUCGGUGGUGGCCAUUAAGGAGUCCCGAACGCUCCGCAUGCAGCCGUUCAACGAGUACAGGAAGCGCUUCAACCUCCAGCCGUACGCGUCCUUCAGAGAGUUCACUGAUAACGAGGAGAUCGCCAGUGAGCUUGAAGAAUUCUACGGUGAUAUUGAUGCUCUUGAAUUUUAUCCUGGCCUGCUGUUGGAGAGAACACGCCAGGGGUCCAUUUUUGGACAGAGCAUGGUGGAGAUGGGUGCCCCCUUCUCCCUUAAAGGCCUGAUGGGAAACCCGAUUUGUUCUCCGGUCUACUGGAAGCCCAGCACCUUUGGGGGCAAAGUCGGCUUUGACAUCGUGAACUCUGCCACGCUGAAGAAACUGGUCUGCCAGAACACCAGGACGUGUCCUCAUGUGGCGUUCAGGGUACCGACGGAGGAGCAAUCGGAAACGGGGAGUGAUGACGAAAGUAGUAAAACAAGGACUGAAGAGUUAGCCGUUGUCAUGACGACUCUGGAUGACAAAAUUCUGGGCGAGAAGCUGCAGUACUACUACAGCAGCAGUGAGGAUGAAGGCAGCGACAAUGAAGAUGAGGACGGGGAGAAGAAGACCAUCCGGGAUGCGAACGUCGGCGAGCCUGAAAUAGACUACAGCGCCGAUGGAAGUGCUGUUAACACGGGACCAAAGGGUGUCAUCAAUGACUGGAGGAAGUACAAGCAGCUGGAAGUGGAGCAGAAACAAGAGCAGAAGAAGGAGAUGGAGAGACUGAUCAAGAAGCUGUCGAUGACCUGCCGCUCUGACCUCGACCUGGAAAAAGACAAAGAGAAGCAGAAGGCGCUGCAAGACAAAAUCAAGGGCAAAAUGACCAUGCAAGAGUACAACAUUCUCCAGGAGGAAGAUGACGACGAAGACUUCCUCCAGCACUAUCGCAUGCAGCGCAUCGCAGAGAUGCGGCGCCAGCUCUGCAACGGCAAGCGCUUUGCGUGCGUCUGUGAGCUCGACAGCGGCGAGGACUUCCUGGAGGCUCUGGACGAGGAGGACAAAAGCACACUGGUCAUGAUCCACAUCUACGAGACCGACAUCCCGGGCUGCGAGAGCAUGAGCGGCAGCCUGAUGUGCCUGGCUCAGGAAUACCCGCUGGUCAAAUUCUGCAGCGUGCGCAGCUCGGCCAUCAGCACCAGCGCGCUGUUCAGAGACGGCGCUCUGCCCGCGCUGCUCGUUUACAAGGCGGGAGACCUGAUCGGCAACUUCGUGCGGGUGACGGACCAGCUGGGGGAAGACUUCUUCGCCGUCGACGUGGAGGCCCUGCUGCAGGAGUACGGCCUGCUGCCCGACAAGCUCCCCAGCUCCCAGAAGACGGUCCGCAACGGAGCCAUCGUUCAGACGAUAGUGAGCGACGAGGACUCCGACCUCGAUAUCGACUAGAGCCUUUAUUUCCAAUUAUUUGCUUUUGAAACUUGUGUUCACGGUCCCAAAGGACUCUCGGUGAUUUUGAUGUCAGUGGACCCCCGUAGUGAUGACACAUGGAGCCAGGAUUGCUCUGUUAGUUCUCGUACAGCCGUCACGGCUGAAUGGUUCUACUCAUGACAUCAAUCCACGGUAAACAUAAGUUAUCAUUAAAAACAAAAGCACAUUAUUUUUUCCAUUAUUUAAAUCAAGGACCAUUGUGACAGUGAGAAUAAUGUAGGUGUUAGUUUCAAUGUUUUGAUUUAUUAUUUAUUCAUUGUGUUAAAACACAAUCCCUGUUUUGUUUCAUUAGCGUCUUCAUUGUGUUGAAUGUGUUUCUCUCUCUGUAGAAACUAGAAUACAAAUCCUGCAGCCCAAAUGGAAUCCUAGUUGAUUUUAUAACUUUUGUAUGUGCUGUACCAUUUCAAGCAGGGAGGCGAAUAAACAAAUGUUUGGACUCAG